GGAACUCAAGCCAAGCUCCGACUCAAUUAGGUAGUACCUAAGGUACUUGGAAUGAUUUGAGGACAAUCCCGGUUCGUUGAGAGAUGCAAGCCAGCAAACAGGUACCUUAUCAUCAUCCCUCAUAGAAAACAAGCAAGCAGCUCCCACCUACCACCAUGUCCAGCCUCCUAGGCCACCCCUUCCGCGUGCUCGUCUACACAACCAAAGCCCUGGCCCUGGGCCACCUGCUAGUGACGUACGGGUACGGGGUCGGGUACGGCUGGGGCCCGUCGAUGCUGCCGACGUUCCUGGCGACGAACGAGUGGUUCGUGACGGACCGGUCGUACCGCCGGGGCCGCGGCGUCCGCGUCGGCGACUGCGUCGUCUACGCCAUCCCCGUGGAGCCGGGCGAGGACGGCGUCAAGCGCGUCCUCGGCCUCCCCGGCGACUACGUCCUCCUCAACUCCCCCGGCGUAGGCUCCGAUACCAUGAUACAGGUACCUAAAGGCCAUUGUUACAUAGUCGGAGACAACCUCCCCUGGUCGAGGGAUAGCCGCGACUUUGGUCCCAUUCCCAUGGGCCUCAUCAAAGGCAAAGUGGUCGCUAAAGUAGUGGUAAACGGUUGGUGGCCGUUUAACUGGUUUACAAAGGUAGAAAGUGGUCUUCACCCAGUAUCGGAUGAGCCUAAAAUAUAAUUACCUUUGGUACUCAUUCUCCCUUUUCCUAUAAAGUACAGCUAUGAUUUAGAAAAAGGUCAUGUGCCUAUUGUAUUGUAUUAUAUUCCUAUACCACGAUUUGCAUUGCACGAGGGGCG